UGCGCCUCCUAGCGAUAUAGAUAGGAAUCUGACGCUAGGUCACGGGAUCCGGAAGAGAGUCAUCACCACCUCGCCACUGCCACAGCGAACUUAGAUUUCUACUGCUGUCAACUACUAGUGAAGUGAAUACAACCGCCAGUAUAGGAAUGGCAGAGGAUCUGAAGAGAUACAUCUUUAGGCUGAUGUCAAAGGUCGAUGGACUGUAUGGGAUUGCGAUAACUGAUCGGGACGGAGUGCCAGUAUUGAAAGUAUCUAAUGAGCAUGCCCCAGAGAUGGCCCUCAGACCUGGCUUCCUGGUCACCUUCUCCAUGGCUGCAGACCAGGGCAGUAAGAUGGGACUGGGGAAGAACCAGCGGAUAGUCUGCAUGUACUCAGCUUAUCAGGUUGUCCACUUCAACAAGGCGCCCCUGAUGGUGACCCUGGUGGCCAACAGUACAGCCAACACAGGAAUGAUUCUCAGCCUGGAAGAUGAGCUAACAGAUGCACUGCAAGAUCUCAGACAAGCAGUAGAUGUUGCUUGACCAGCGUGGUCAACCUGGUUAUAAAUGAAUUUUGCUAGUUAUGUGGGUCGACCAAUAGUUUUAUAGCCCCACCAGAAAUAAGGUGUACAACACACAUUUGUUGGGACAAUUAUAUGAAGUCUUUUAUAUCCAUAACUACGGUUGCCUCUUCAAUGCGAUUGUCCCUAUCCCUCACCUAACGAUACUGGUUUUCAAAAAGGGUGUCCUCUGCUAAGAAAUGAUCACCAUGAUUUGAAUUUUGGUAGACAUUCAUAAAAGGCUUUAUAUGUAAUAACUAUGCCCCAAAGUUUGAGAUAUGCAUAUUUCUGGGUGAGGCCCAGAACUCAUUAGUUACCCCUAAUAAAUGUGUUAAGCAAUGUGUUGUACUUGGAAUUGGAGAAUCUGAAAAUGUAUUUCGAUGUCAUAGAAUUUAUGUAGAUUUAUACGCCACAUAAAGCUUGUUCCUCUUCUUUACCUUAGUACACAAUUCUGUACGAUAUUGCACACAUUGUUGUGCUGAUAAAUGUGAUUGGAAUUGAAA